AUGUCUUCUCUCCAGUACUUCUCCUACGAAAAGGUCGGCAAGGAGCUCGAGGAAAAGCACGGCUUCUGCGCUGCUCCAGGUGGCUGGGACCCCAACACAUUUGUCAUCUACCGCGAGAUCAACGCCCAGAUUGAUGAAGCCUUUAAGAACGUCGACCUCGCGCUCCGCGCCGCCGGUGGCAAGGGCUGGGACCAGGUCUACAAGGUUCGCUCGUACCACGUCCCCCUGAACAGCGAGGCUAUCGAGGCUAUGACUAGGAACUUUGCCAAGUGGAUGCCCAACCACAAGCCCAUCUGGACCUGCGUCGGCGUGACCCGUCUGGGCGAGGACGACAUGCGCGUCGAGAUCGAGGUGAAGGCAUACGACCCCAAACAGUAG